AUGUCAAUAACAAACACGCCUGUUCCCCUUGAGAGAUCACAGUCUCCGAAUGGCACCAACUCUAAGAUGUUUGACUUGAAACAGCAGUUUGUGAAUGGUUCAGCUCAACCAGCUGUACUGCCCAUGCCCGAAUCCACACAAAAAUUGCACCUGUUGUUGGCUCGAUUCAGGGAACUGGAGACGAAUGGUGGUAGUCAAGCUGACAAACUCGCUAUUGAGUACCUCUUCAAGCGCAUUUCCAAACAGCAGGAUAAAUAUAUUGCAGAUUUGAACUCCUUUUACUCAUCUGUGAAACCGGAUGGUGAUUUGGACCUUGAUUUGCUAAGAGAACAAGUUGUUGGUUUGCAAUUACUAAGUAAGGAUCUUGAUCUACCAACGUAUCUACAAAGCGAUUUUGCUUCGGAAUAUCAAGACAGUGAGGACAGCAAAAUUGAAUAUCCGAUUGCGUUACCCCUGGAAGACCAUAAACAAAGGGCAAAAUUACUAGGUUUGCAGCCCGAUUUAAAGAAGGCUGAUCCAGCUGUUCAUGCCGUUUCCAACCCUCAGAAUGAGGAGAUCGUUGUGAAAAAGAUUGCAAAUAGGAUUAUUGAGUUGGAAAAUUUACCUAACAACUUGGGUACCUUUGAUGUCAACAAUUUAGAAAAUAUUACGAACCCAUCUGACAAACCGCUAUUAGGGGUAGACGACUUGAAGGUGAGAGCGUUGAUUGAACUCAAAUCCUUGAGAUUACUUUACAAACAGAAACAUUUAAAAAGAUCUUUGCUGAGCCAGCAGUUUGCCUCGUCUCAUUCUAGCAUUGAUUACUUGGCGAAGAACCAUACAAGGUUAGCUGCCACUCGUUCAGUUCACACAAGGCCCAAAAUUAGGGCUCCUCAGACUGCUCGUCUCGCUGAACAAUUAGAAGAGCAACAGAAAAAGGAAAAGAAACGGCUGGAAAUGAAUCUUCAGUUACGCAAAUCUGAAAAGAUCCUGGAAGGUGUAAGUCAGUUCUUAGAGAUCAGAUCCGAAAAAGCUACUCAAAGAUCCAAUCUUGGAAGAGUAAUGGGAAACCUUCAUAGCUACAUUGAAAAAGACGAAAGCAAAAAACUUGAAAAGACUGCUAAACAGAGAUUGCAGGCUUUGAAGGCUAACGAUGAGGAGGCCUAUUUGAAACUGCUUGACCAAACAAAGGACACAAGAAUUACCCAUCUUUUAAAACAAACAAACUCCUUCUUAGACUCUUUAGCCAAUGCUGUGAAAGCUCAACAAAACGAGUCUCAAGUUGUUAAUCAAGCCCCACAAAUAGAAAACGAGAACCCAGAUGCAACAAGAGAGAAGGUAGAUUACUACGAAGUUGCUCACCGCAUCAAAGAAGGUGUGAAACAGCCUAGUAUUUUGAUAGGUGGUACCUUGAAAGAAUAUCAAGUGAAAGGUCUUGAAUGGAUGGUGUCUUUAUAUAAUAAUCAUCUGAAUGGUAUUCUAGCAGAUGAAAUGGGACUAGGUAAGACAAUCCAGUCCAUUUCGCUUAUCGCCUAUCUGAUUGAGUAUAAACAAGAAUAUGGUAAGUUUUUGGUCAUUGUUCCACUGUCUACAAUUACAAAUUGGACAAUGGAAUUUGAAAAGUGGGCUCCUUCAAUCAGAACAAUAGUCUACAAAGGUGCUCAGUCGCAACGAAAAAUGCUACAAUAUGAUAUUCGUUCCGGCAACUUCACUGUCCUACUGACUACUUACGAAUACGUCAUAAAAGAUAGACCAUUACUUUGUAAAUUUAAAUGGGCUCACAUGAUCAUUGAUGAAGGUCACAGAAUGAAGAAUUCUAAAUCCAAACUUUCGUACACGCUUACAAAUUACUAUCACACAAGGAAUAGACUUAUCCUUACAGGAACCCCACUUCAAAAUAACUUGCCUGAACUGUGGGCGUUGCUUAAUUUUGUGUUACCCAAGAUUUUCAAUUCGGUGAAAUCGUUUGAUGAAUGGUUCAACACUCCAUUUGCCAAUACAGGUACUCAAGACAAAAUGGAGUUGACUGAGGAGGAGAGUUUAUUGGUUAUUAGAAGAUUGCAUAAGGUGCUUCGUCCCUUCUUGCUUAGAAGAUUGAAGAAGGAUGUUGAAAAGGAUUUGCCAGACAAAGUGGAGAAAGUCAUCAAAUGUAAGUUCUCAAGUUUACAAGCGGCUUUGUAUCAGCAGAUGCUGAAGCAUAAUGCUCUUUUUAUUGGCGCAUCCUCUGGGCCCGGGGUAUCGAAAAGUGGUAUUAAGGGUCUAAACAACAAGAUUAUGCAAUUAAGAAAGAUAUGUAACCAUCCUUUCGUGUUUGAUGAAGUGGAAAAUGUUGUUGAUCCUACUAGAAGCACAGCUGACUUAAUUUGGAGAACAAGUGCUAAGUUUGAGUUGCUAGACCGUGUAUUGCCCAAGUUCUGUGCCACUGGACAUAGAGUUCUGAUUUUCUUUCAGAUGACCCAAGUAAUGGACAUUAUGGAAGAUUAUUUGAGAUAUAGAGAGAUGAAAUACUUAAGGUUGGACGGUAGUACUAACGCUGAUGACAGACAAGACAUGCUGAAGGCGUUCAAUGCCCCCGAUUCUGAAUACUUCUGCUUCCUUUUGUCCACAAGAGCUGGUGGGCUGGGUUUGAAUUUACAAACGGCGGACACUGUCAUUAUUUUUGACACUGAUUGGAAUCCUCAUCAGGACUUGCAAGCACAGGAUCGUGCACAUCGUAUUGGUCAAAAGAACGAAGUGAGAAUUUUAAGACUGAUCACAACGGACUCGGUUGAAGAAGUUAUCUUGGAAAGAGCUCACCAAAAGUUAGACAUUGACGGAAAAGUUAUUCAAGCUGGUAAAUUCGACAAUAAAUCAACUUCUGAGGAGCAAGAAGCAUUCCUGAAAAGAUUAAUUGAAGCUGAACAAUUGAAACGAGAAGGCAACGCCGAAAGUGAUGAUGAAAUGGAAGAUGACGAGCUAAACGAGAUACUGGCACGUUCUGAAGACGAAAAGAUUUUAUUCGACAAAAUGGACACCGAUAGGCUUGCUAAGGCUCGUAUGGAUGGACAGACCCAUCCGAGACUUUUCUCAGAUGAAGAGCUGCCUCAAGUAUUCAAGGAAGAUGUUGGCAAACACUUAGAGCAGCCUACCUUUGAACUAGGGCGCACCCGAGAAAAGAAAAGGGUUAUGUAUGACGAUGGAUUGACCGAAGAGCAAUGGCUAGAGGCCAUGGAUGACGAUGAUGAUUCUGUAGAAGAUGCAAUUCGUCGUAAGAAAGAUUCUCUGGCUAGAAGAAGAGCUAAAAGGGGAUUGGGUGAUGCAGAAGAUGAUGAUUGGGAAGUCUCUUUCCAUGAAGGCGUGAAUGACACUGAUAUUAUAGAUGGUGAAGAAGAACAACCAGUAACUAAAAAAAGAAAAGGAAAAAAGACCAAGAAGUCUUUGCCAGAUUUCACAGAUAAGGCUCUGUCAUUAAUUGAAGGGAUUAAAAGUUUGAAGCCCGAAGAUGAAGACCGUCACAGGGUAGAUUUAUUUUUGAGUCUACCCAACAAACAACAGUAUCCCGACUACUAUCAACUGAUCAAGCAACCAGUUUGUGUUACAGGACUGGAAAAGAAGUUGAAGGAUGGAGAUUUUGACACGUAUGAUAAUUUCAUUCAAGAACUACGAACAAUGUUUACGAAUGCAAAGUUGUAUAACGAAGAAGGUUCUUGGGUGCAUCAAGAUGCUGUUGAAAUGGAAAACUACGUCGAUCAAAACAUUUAA